UGGCCAUUGUGUUGGCGAGCUUAGCGCAACUGAAUCGGAUUGGCUGAGGACCUCCGAGUGGACUUCCUGCUUUAUCAUGUGAUUUCUGGCUUUGCAGUGAAGAGUGAUGUCCAACAGAUACCAGAUCGUGGUGCAGGGCGAGGCGUCAGAGACAGACUCUGAUGAUGAGGUGUACAUCACCUCCCUGCCGGCAGCUGCCCAGGCUGCUGCUGCUGGAGCCAAGGUCCCCGGCGAGGCCUCUGAGACGGACAGUGAGGGGGAGCUGGAUCAGCCUAAGGGACAACCGAUUGGUGUUUCUCCAGCAGGGAGCUAUGACAACGUUCAGAUACUUAGGAGAGACCUGCCUCCCCUCAUAGUGGUCAGAGACCACCCUGACAUCCAGUCGGUAGUGGAAGAUAGAUGGAGCCCUGUUCACAGACCCCACGGGGACACCCUGUUGCAGCAGAAGCUGCAGGAGUCUAACAGCCGUCUGUGUGCCGAUGUGGCGCAGACGCUACGGCAGGUCUACGGCAACGCCAGCCGAGAGGUACGCAGUGCCACCGUUCAGCUCAACACAUCCCAGGCGGCUAUCAUCAACGCCUCCCACAGCAUCAGACUCAUCCUGGACGACCUGAAGGCUGUUUCUGAGAAGAUUGAUAGUAUCACCAGCUGCCACCUGCUGCCAGACAUCCACAUGGGCCCACCUGCGGCCAGCAUAGCCCAAGGACCAUGAGGGGAGAUCCAAGCAAAUUUACUAUGUUUGGCCGUUUUAUAUUAUUCAGUAUUCAUUUAUAAUAACAACAUGUAUUUAGAUCUCGGCAUACGAGACAAGCUCCUUAUUUGUGUACACUAUAUAUAUAUAUUUGCUAAAGGAAUAAAUGGUGAAAAGCAGAAUAAUCUUUCCAUUAUUUCAAUUAUUAACCAGAUAUCUUCUAAAAAGUUAUACAUUAACCUUAUGUCAUGAAUUUAUUCAUGAUAAACUGAUCUAAAAGUCAAAGGCAGGAAUAUAAAUAAAUGUUGCAAUGCACUGAUAUUGCCAGAUUUUUUAAAUCCAUACCAGAUUGAUGCUGAUGUUUUGAUUAUAAUAUAACACAAUGCUAUUUUGUCAUAUUAGUAUUACGUAUGGCACUGCAUAUAGUACUGCAUAUAUAUGCAGUUGGGUGUUAUUUUGCUAGGUUGUUAUUAACUGUUUGCUAUGUUGCUAUGAACAAAGACCAAUGCUGAAGGAUUAAACUACUAUGACUCGGUG